AUGAAGUUCGCAAUUCAACCAACCUCAAAAACCAAGCUGCGACUGGACAUAGCCCUGUACUCCCUCGUCGCUCUUACAUUCAUACUCAUCAUCGUCCGGGUAGCCAACAAAGGCACUCCCUCAUCAAGAUGUCUGAAACCUGCAGUCUUCUUAGCAUAUCAAAUUGUGACAGGACACGUGGACCGCUUCAAAAGAUGGAGAAGCAUUAAAGUCAACAAAAUUCUCACCAUUAUCGAUACGGUGUUCUGGUUUGCAUUAUUCAUCAUCACUAUUUCGGGGACUUCAUCAUCACAUAGUACGAUUAGUCGGGCCUUAGGUGCUAUUAUCAUCAUACUGGCAUUGAUUUUAUGCUAUGUUUGCAUCCGCAUUCGGAAGCGCGAAGAAGAUGGUGACACCUCUGUCGACACCAUUGCAUUACAAAGUGCUUGGGGUAAAUAG